AUGAUAUAUCGUUCAUUGCAAACUACAAAUCGAUUAUUUGAAUGGAAACCUAGUACACGUAAAGGGGUAGUAGGAUUAUAUGAAUUUUUUCAAGGAGGAGCCGAAAAACCAAAUCUAGUACCUACAGUUAAAGAAAUGACUACAGGACGAGCUUGGACAGCAUCAGAAUUAAGACGUAAAUCGUUUGAAGAUUUACAUAAAAUUUGGUAUGUUUUACUUAAAGAACGUAACUUACUUGCUACGAUGUGGUCGGAAGCAAAAAGAUGGAACAAAACGUAUGAUCAAUUAUGGAUUGAAGCAUUCCGUGAAAGAACAUUUAAGUGCCAAAAAUCAAUGGCACGAAUUAAACAUGUAUUAAGUGAACGUAGAGUAGCCUAUGAAUACGCUAUACGUAAGGAUCCAAAAUUAUUUGAAUUAGAUAAAGCUCCUGAAUCUCACUGGAGCUACAGACCACCUACGCAACAAGAAGAUAAUCGAUCUUUAAGAAAUAGCAGAAUGAGUAACAGAAAUAAUAAUUCAAGGUUGAGAAAAAUGUAA